AUGACCACCGACGAAGUCAAGCCGCCGCCAACCGCGCAGGUGCAUCCCAGUGAGAGCACCAGCCACGAAGAUGGCCACAAGCGAAGUGCAUCGCCUGCAGCUUCUCCAGCAAAAGAGGAAGGCGUUCCCAGCGAACGGAGUGAAGGUGCCGUCUCAGAAGACAAUCCACCGCUGCCAGACGAGGAGGCGCCUCCACUACCUGACGAGCCUGUGCCAGACGCAGAAGACGACGGCUGGGAACCUCGCUGGGACAACACUGCGCAGGCCUGGUACUUCUACAACAACAAGACUGGAAUAUCACAAUGGGAGAAUCCACGUGUGCCUGAGGCCACUACAACCAGCUAUGCAUCAACCUACGGCGCUGCUGCCCUGCCCUCAAAUACUGGCGCACCCGGCACCAGCUCACCACCCAAGCGCAAAUGGGGAGGAUACAAUCCAGCAAUCCAUGGAAGUUAUGACCCUAAUGCCGACUAUGCAAGGGAGGCGACAAAGGAAGAGGAGGAGGCAGAGGAAGCUGCUCAAGCUGCGGCAGCGAUGGCUGCUGGCCUGCCGAAUCCGAAUGCAAACGACUACACGGCACAGGCGAACUUCAACCGCUUCACUGGCAAAUUCCAGACUGCUGGGCAAGGACCUGACAUGCACAAUGACGAGAAUAAGAGCAGACGCCAAAUGACUGCCUUCUUCGACGUAGACGCUGCAGCAAACAGCCAUGACGGACGUAGUCUUAAGGCAGAGCGUCGCGGCAAGACUCUGAACAAGAAGGAGCUCAAGGCCUUCAAGGACAAGCGCCGCGAUAAGAAGGAAGAAAAGCGCCGUGCUUGGCUGCGUGAUUGA